ACUAUAAAUCGUAAUAUAGGGCCCGACAUUUGAAAGCUUGGUAGAAGUUCUACUAUUAUUAAUAAUUGUAUGUUUUUAUAUGAAUUUGCUCCACUUACCAUAAUUCAUGCGUUUUUACCAAGAACGGCAGAAAUUGCAGUCGAACUUUGCAAUGAUUAGAUAGAUAAUCGGGGCCUAGAGUGGGAAUUAUGCGGGCUUUUCAUUCAUCCCCCUCUCCUCAGGCCUAAAUGAUAUACAUAAAUCAUAAUAUAGGCCAUACCACCAAAGAGAUUAUUACAAAUCCUACUAUAAUUAAUAAAGUUAAUAAAGGUCAAUAAAGGUCAUAGUCAUGUUUUGUAUAUGUAUUGUCAAAUUAUGGUUUUUUUCUCCAAAAUGAAGAGCAUAAAUUUUAAAUAGUGAUAUGCCGCCUAUUCUCUCACAAAAAAGGCAUGAUAUGCAACGCGAGAAGUCAGAAGACGAUGAAGGCUCAAAUGAAAUUAAUGCAACGAAGGUGUCACAAUUUCUACGACAAAAUCCGGACUUCCUCGAACAAUACAUAAUGAACGAAGUCGACCUUGAACAACUAGAGCGGUGGAUGAUAAGGCGCACGCAGCGAUCUAAGAAACUUAUGCAACCUGGCACAAACAAAAAUAGCCGUAAGACAAGUUUAUCACGUUGGAAAUUUUGUGUACACGCAGAUAAACGGCAAAUGUUGCUAGAACUCACGAAUUCUCUACAAAAGCGUCCAACCAAAGCACAUGUACUAUGGGAGCUGGCGAAUUGUAUUUCGUCAGCAACAAACGCCACUGGUUUUCACUUAUAUCUAGUCGACGGAGAUCCUGAAGUGUUAUCACUCUACACCGAACAUACUGAUAAUUCACCACCAACAAUACAAAGGAUCAAGGCGGGGUUCUCUAUACCAAAAUAUGUAGCCAGGACUCGAGAACCCGUUCGUGUAUCAAAAGGGGAUAUUGAUUCGAGAUUUCCUGAGGGGAUAGCUAGAUCGAAAGAAGUUGAACAUAUCUUAUGUCAAGCUGUAGUGCAACCAGACAACAAGGUGAUAGCCAUUAUUGAACUGCAUCGAGAUAGGAACGGUUUCCCAUUUCACGAGGAAGAUGAAGAAAUUUCGUGUAGCUACUUGGUUUGGGGCGGCAUUGCUUUACAUUAUGCUCAUCUUUUCCUCAGUAUGAACAAACAGAAGAAACUUAACGAGUUCCUGCUGGCGGUGGUCAAAUCAAUUUUUCAAGAUAUGGUCAGUAUGGACACUCUUGUAAUGAAAGUCAUGAAUUUCGCUCAGAGGCUAGUAGACGCCGAUAGAGCAUCGCUAUUUUUAGUCGACUCGAAGACCAAAGAAUUGUAUGCAACAAUAUUCGAUGUGGGUAUUGAGGAUUCGAGGCGUCAGACACAGCCAAAGCAAGAAUCGGGUGCAAAGAAAGACACUGAAAUUCGCUUUCCUAUUGGCACAGGAAUAGCCGGUCAGGUAGCCAUGAGUGGAGAGAUUAUGAAUAUAACUGACGCAUAUUCAGAUCCAAGGUUCAACCGAUCUGUGGACCAACAAACUGGUUACAAAACCGAAACAAUUUUGUGCAUGCCAAUAUUCAUUCGAGGGGUCGUUAUCGGUGUUGUUGAAAUGAUUAAUAAGAGAAGCGGCUACUUUACCAAGGAGGACGAAGAGGCCUUUGAAACGUUCGCCAUAUAUUGCGGUCUUGCUUUGCACCAUGCAAAGCUCUAUGACAAGAUAAAACGAUCAGAGCAAAAAUACAAAGUGGCCUUAGAAGUUCUUAGCUACCAUGGUACGAGUACCGAAGAAGAAGCCAAACAACUGCUACAAGAAGGAUUACCUGAAACUAUUCCUGAUAUUGAUACAGUGCGAUUCAACUCGUUCCAAAUAUCCGAUAUGGAGAAGGUGAAGUACACAACAUAUAUGUUCAUCGACCUGUUUGGUUUGAGCAAAUUUGACGUGAAGACCUUAUUGCGAUUUUCACUCACAAUUAAGAAAAACUACAGACGCGUCCCUUACCACAACUGGACUCAUGGAUUUUCUGUUGCAAAUACCAUGUAUACAAUCAUUAGGAAGACAAAAGAUGUCUUUAGACCUGUCGAGAAAUUGGCUCUGUUUAUUGGAUCACUCUGCCAUGACCUUGAUCACCGGGGGAAGAACAACAAAUUCAUGUUAGACACCGCAUCGCCUUUGGCAGCGAUUUAUAGUACAUCUACAAUGGAGCAUCAUCAUUUCAACCAGACAGUUACUAUUUUGCAACAGGACGGGCACAAUAUUUUCGCAAAGUUGAACAGUCACGAAUACAAGCAAGUGUUGGGCUUAGUAAAGCAUUGUAUAUUAGCAACAGAUUUGGCGUUAUUUUUCCCCAAUCGAGCAAAGCUAACCACCCUUAUCGAAGAGGAAAAGUUUUCGUGGAGUGUGCUAGAGCACCGGCUUCUCAUACAAACAAUUGCCAUGACAGCCAGUGAUUUAUCAGCAUCUGCUAAGCCCUGGGACAUACAAAUUCGGACAGUGAAAGUUAUUUUUGAGGAAUUCUACCAACAAGGCGAUGCGGAGCGUGCUGCUGGUCGCACUCCAAUACCAAUGAUGGACCGUUCCCAAACCGAUCAGCAAGCUAUUUCACAAGUUGGCUUUCUUAAGGAUAUUUGCAUCCCUUGCUAUACUUUGCUUAAUCGUCUGAUGCCUGAGACCGGAGAACUUCUGGAUAUGUGUCAAGCAAACCUGAAUAGAUGGCAACAAAUAGCCAAUGAUAACGAAAAACUAGCUUCUGAAAAGGAAAAUAAGUAGUUCAUUGCGCCGAAUAUUGGAUGUUUAUUGGAAGAAGCAUAUUUGCCUCUAAGUUAGCUGCAUAGUAUUUGAAAGCCUCAGGGCUUAAAUUUAGGAAUUUAUCUACUUUUAUAAACUCUAGGAUGGUGUAUAAUGGAGUGAGCAAUAAAAUUUAUUUUGCAUUUU